GGUGAACACCCAUAGAAGGUUAUCAGAACUGUGUACAAUUUGCGUUUGAUUUGAGAGCUUGUAAGAGUGCUCAUCAUGGAGAAACAGCAGAUUGUCUUGGCGAGCCGGGAUGGUGGGACUGUAUCUGGUGCAGCACCUGCUUUUUUUGUCAUCUUGAAACAGCAGCAGGGAAAUGGUAAAGCUGACCAAGGAAUCCUAGUAGCAAACCGUGAUGCUUGUGCUCUCGCCAGCAGCGUAUCGACUCCAGUGAAAUCCAAAGUCAAGACCUGCCUCCCGGCUGACUGUGUCUCAGGGGGCAUUACCGUCACCCUAGAUAACAACAGUAUGUGGAAUGAAUUCUACCAUCACAACACAGAGAUGGUUCUGUCGAAGCAGGGGAGGCGCAUGUUCCCGUCCUGUAGGUACUGGAUUACAGGUCUGAAUGCCAGUCAGAGGUACAUCCUAGUCAUGGACAUGUCUCCUGUGGACAAUCACCGAUACAAAUGGAAUGGCCGUUGGUGGGAACCCAGUGGGAAGGCAGAACCACAUGUUCUUGGGCGAGUGUUUAUUCAUCCAGAAUCCCCUUCCACUGGCCAGUACUGGAUGCACCGGCCAGUAUCCUUCUACAAACUCAAACUUACCAACAAUACCUUCGACCAGGAGGGUCAUAUAAUCUUGCAUUCUAUGCAUCGUUAUCUGCCACGACUUCACUUGGUUCCUGCAGACAAAGCCACGGAAGUCAUUCAGCUCAAUGGCCCUGAUGUCCAUACAUUUACUUUUCCACAGACAGAAUUCUUCGCAGUCACGGCCUACCAGAAUAUCCAGAUUACCCAGCUGAAAAUCGAUUACAAUCCUUUUGCUAAGGGGUUCAGAGAUGAUGGGUUGAACAGUCGUCCUCGGCGUGAUGUGAAACAUAACAGUACCUUAAAAUUGGAAGGAGGUGAUGUUUUUAGUGCUGCUGGCAUUCGUGGUUGCCCCGCUGAAGCUGAUGCGUUAGAUGUGCAUCAGAGAAGCGUAGAUUCUUCCUUCACUGGUCAAAACUCAUCAGACACUGAUCUGGACAAAGAGUCCUUUAAUGCAGAAAGGGACUUUCUGGGUUUCCUGGACACUGACCUGCCUUCGGGUGACAUGCCAAAGCUGAAACAAGAAGUCUCUGACAG